AUGCCUCUCCUGGAAGCUCGUGUGAAGAGUGUCCUGUCUGGCGACACACUGGUCUUGACACAUGUGACCAACAGGAGCCAGGAGAGGAUUCUCAGCCUUGCGUAUGUGUCGGCUCCCCGGUUACGCCGGGAAGGUGACGAGCCCUUUGCCUUUCAAUCCCGCGAAUUCCUCCGAGAGCUUCUCGUCGGCAAGGUCAUCCAGUUCCAAGUCCUCUACACCGUUCCCACCGGUGCCAAACGAGAAUACGGCCUAGUGAAACUGCCUGGCGGCAGGGAGCUACCGGAGCUCUGCAUUUCGGAGGGAUGGGUCAAGGUCCGCGAGGACGCCGGCCGUCGAGACGAAUCUGAGGACACGGCGUUGCUGCUGGCGAAGCUGCGCGACCUCGAGUCGCAGGCACGUGCGGACGCGAAGGGCGUCUGGGGCCAGGCCCCAACGAUUGAUAUGUCGUAUGAGGUCUCGGAGCCGAAGGCUCUUGUGGACAGCCUCAAGGGCACGAUGGUUGACGCCGUGGUGGAGCGGGUGCUGAACGGCGACCGCCUGGUGGUGAGGAUGCUGGUCUCUCCGCAAAAACAUGUCCAGACUCUCCUGGUGGUGGCGGGCGUUCGCGCUCCGUCGGCCAAACGUGUGAAUGCGGAUGAGACGGAGCAGCCCGGGGAGCCGUACGGUGAUCAGGCACAGCAGUUUGUGGAGAUUCGAUUGCUACAGAGAAGAGUAAAGGUAUCUCUACAUGGCACCACACCACAGAACCAAUUGAUCGGCACGGUUCUGCAUCCCAAUGGAAAUAUCGCCAAAUUCUUGCUUGAAGAAGGCCUCGCGAGAUGUGCGGACCAUCACUCUACUCUUUUGGGCAAUGAGAUGGCUACAUUCCGACAAGCAGAGAAAGCCGCCAAGGAUGCCCGUAAGGGGCUAUUUGCGGCCCACGUUGCCCCUAAACCCGCAGCGUCAGCAGGCGCCGACACAGAUUUCGUCGUCAGCAGAAUUUUAAAUGCCGAUACCAUCUUCGUUCGCAACAAGGCUGGCAAAGAGAAGAAAGUCAGCCUGAGCAGUAUUAGACAACCUAAGCCUUCUGACGCUAAACAGGCACCAUUCGGGGUUGACGCAAAGGAGUUCCUCCGCAAGAAGCUGAUUGGCAAACAUGUCAAGGUCGCUAUCGAUGGAAAGCGACCUGCUACUGAAGGAUUCGAGGAGCGAGAGGUAGGCACGGUUAUGGCUGGAGGUACUAAUAUUGCGCUGGCAUUAGUAGAGGCAGGAUACGCAUCCGUUAUCCGGCACAGACGUGACGAUGAUGACAGAUCUCCUGAUUACGACGGCCUCCUGCAGGCUGAAGAGGUGGCCCAGAAAGAGCAGCGGGGCAUGUGGUCGUCAAAACCACCCAAGACCAAGCAGUACCAGGAUUAUUCGGAAAAUCUACAGAAGGCCAAGAUGGAGGCAUCGGUGCUCCAGAGGCAGAAGAAGGUGCCAGCCAUUGUUGAUUAUGUCAAGUCCGGAGCAAGAUUCACCGUCUUGAUUCCCCGAGAUAAUGCUAAGCUUACCUUUGUUCUCUCUGGCAUCCGGGCUCCCAAGUCUGCCAGGAAUGCCAAUGAGGCAUCCGAGCCAUUCGGCCAAGAGGCGCAUGACUUCUCCAGCCGCAGAUGCACGCAACGCGACGUUGAAAUCGACGUCGAGACAAUUGACAAAGUGGGCGGGUUUAUUGGAACACUGUAUGUAAACCGGGAGAACUUCGCCAAAGUCCUUCUUGAGGAAGGCCUGGCGACUGUCCAUGCGUACUCUGCCGAGCAGUCGGGACAUGGCCCAGAGCUGUUUGCUGCGGAGAAGAAGGCCAAGGAAGCCAGAAAGGGCGUCUGGCACGAUUGGGAUCCAAGCAAAGAGGCCGAUAACGAAUACGACGAGCCGACGCCUGCGAACGGCGCUGAAUCUGCUGCACCUCUGGAGCGUCGCAAGGAUUACCGUGACGUCUUGGUGACUGGUGUAGAGGAGGACUGCAAAGUGAAGAUCCAGCAGAUUGGCGCUGGAACGACAGCGCUGACGGAUCUUAUGAAUUCCUUCCGGUCGUUCCACCUGAACAAAACGAAUGAUAAGUCGUUAGACGCACCUAAGGCGGGAGACCUAGUCGCAGCUCGAUUCACGGAGGACAAUGAAUGGUAUCGGGCGAAGAUCCGACGGAAUGAUCGCGAGGCAAAGCAGGCGGAUGUCGUGUACAUUGACUAUGGAAACUCGGAGAAAAUCCCCUGGAGCCGCCUGCGCCCCCUCUCUGAGCAGUUCUCGGUGCAGAAGCUGAAGCCACAGGCCGCAGACGCGGUGCUUGCUUUCGUGCAGUUCCCCGUGUCGCCCGAAUAUCUGGCUGACGCGCGCAAUUUCGUUGCCGAGCAGACCUUCGACCGGCAGCUGGUGGCCAACGUCGAGCACACGGCGGAUGGAGCGCUAUACGUGUCGCUGAUGGACCCGUCAGACUCCAAGAACCUAGAGCAGAGCAUCAAUGCGGACAUCAUCCGCGAGGGUCUUGCGAUGGUUCCUCGCAAGCUCAAGGCGUGGGAACGGUCUGCGGGCGACACGCUCGCACACCUACGGAAGCUAGAGGAGGAGGCCAAGGAGCAGCGGAGGGGGAUCUGGGAGUAUGGCGAUAUCACUGAGGAUUAA